UAUUGUGUAACAAACUUUAGUCGACACCUUGAGAAAAUCUCUUUUUUUCCCGUUUACGCAAUAAGUAGUCUGCAAGGGCUAUUUUCGUUUUUCGUACAAAAGUUUUAUUGAAAUAAAAUAAAUUGUUAUAAUCUUAAUAGAAAAAUGUUACGAAUUGUGGCUGGAAGAAUUGUUGCUGCUUCGAGGCAGGCAAUUCAACCUCGUGUAAUGACUGUCAGAUCAUCAUCUCAUGGCAAACAGCAAACCGACGAGGAAGUCGAUGCAGAAUUUAUUCAGUAUUUCGAUCGUAAAGAUAUUGAUCACUGGGAACUUCGAAGUGCCAUGAAUCGCCUUGCUGGUUUGGACAUGGUUCCCGAUCCAGCGAUUAUUAUUGCUGGCUUGAAGGCAUGCAGACGAUUAAAUGAUUUUGCUGUUGCUGUGAGAUUUUUGGAAAUGGUGAAAAUGAAGUGUGGCGAUAAACUUGAUAAAAUUUAUCCCUACGUUCUUCAAGAAAUUCGACCCACUUUAGAUGAAUUGGGCAUUAAUACACCCGAAGAAUUGGGUUACGAUAAACCAGAAUUAGCUCUUGAGAAUGUUUACGAAAUUCAUUAAGGAAAAUAUAAAUGAAAAUUAGGACUAUGUUAAGUUUCACCUAGUCUAAGUCCACUAGAUACUAAUAUAUCUUCAAGUCCUGAUUUUACAUCAAAAAAACUGAAAAAUCUAGCUCAUUAAUUGAAAUUACUCUUCUUUCUUUUUUGAAAUCGCUGUUAACCUGCGUGUUUCGAUAAUAAAAAUUUAUUUACGAGAGAAAA